AGACGUGAUACGUCAAAGGGGAAAGCUCCGAUGCUUUCUCCACAAGGCCGUGGUGCACGGGAAGAUGAGUUAUUCACGGAAGAGAAGAUGGCGUUGAUCCCUAAUUCGCUAAAAUGGAUGAUUCAUGAAUUCCUAAGGCUCAAAGAUAAACGUGAUAUAAUCACAAUUUCUGUCCCCCGAGGAUUCAUUGCACCGCGUACCCAGAUCCUGCUUUCUGGAGAGGAUUUGCAGCAGGUUGCUACGUGUAACUACAUCGGCAACCAGGGAAUGCUGUUUGGAAUGAUGCACAUAUGGGAGAGCAUCAACGGUCUGAGAAAAAUUUUCAAGUUUUACGACCCAGAGCUUCUCACAGUGCAUGGGAUCAACGAUGAAGAACAGAGUCAGUCUUUUGACGAUGCGGCAAGACGAUUGGCUAAUUGGUUAUCAUUAAUGAACAACAACCACCAAAUGUUCUUUAUUCCUUGGAAUAUCGGGAUGCAUUGGACGCUAGUGGUGGUUGCGCCAAGGAAAAUUAUCCAUUUAAACCCUGUAAAAGGCCGCCCAAUUCCCGAAGAAAUAGAACAAAUGAUCGGAAGGGCAUUCAUGUAUAUAGGGGACGCACAUCAGUAUCUUGGCCCGUGGCAAGGAAUUUCACAAGCAAACUGUCCAAGACAACCUAAAAGCCAAGAAUGCGGUUUUUAUGUUUUGAAAUAUAUCACUGACAUCGUCGCACGUGCCAACCCCAACCGUUACAUACAAGAUCAAAAAGCUUUUGGGGGUAAGAAGCAAUACGAUCCAAAAACAGAAUUGUUACCACUACAGCGAAAGUGGAUCGAACAAUUGAUGGCGGUGAUUCACGGUGACGAUUGAGGUUCAAAGGUCGAAGAAUUUUUCUUCAUUAUGUAAUUUUUAUAGAUUAACUUGUAAUUAGAUUUAUUAACUUAUUAAUAUUUUUAACUAAUUUUACAUGUUUGUGUAAUAUUUAAUUACUUUUAUGAAAUCAAAUUAUGUUUUUACCCAAAUUUAAUUACUAUUUAAUUUAAAAUGUAAUUAAUAUAUAAUUAAAUUAAAUAAAUAUGUAAUUUAAAAUUUAAAUAAAUAUGUAAUUUAAAUUAAAUAAAAUAAUAUAUAAAUUAAUAAAUAUAAAAUUAAAAUAAUAUAAUUAAAUUUAAAAAAAAUGAGGAAAACUGAAAUUCGCGUACAUAUGGCGUCGGUUCCUACGCCAUAUAUGGCGUCGAUUAUUGGCUAGGAACCGACGCCAUAUGUACCCCUAUGGCGUCGGUUCCCAGCUAAUAACUGACGCCAUAGGGGUAUAUAUGGCGUCGGUUCAUAUAAACCCUUUAGCGUCGCCCUGAUCAGCGUCGGUAGCGAAUUUCGCGAAAACCGACGCCUAAAUGGCUUAAAAACCGCCUCUAAAGUGUGUUUUCGUAGUAGUGUCAUCUA